CAAUAUGAAAUGCCGACACGCAUGUUUGCCUCCAUUCACCCCAUGAGAGGUAUGUCAGCACCGUUUCCGACUUAAAUUCCGAUUCCAUCACUCAAGGAGCCGAGGAAUACCCGCUUCAGCUCCUGUUAGUCAUCCGCCCAUGCGCACGUGCCAGACCCGUCCCCCACACGUGCGCCUCACUCUUCUCCCAUCAAACUCCUCGACGGCCAUUUCCACGAAAACGAACGAGCGAGCCUAACCCAAGUAAGAACGAAGGAGGAUAUCAAAGCGUCCGUACGAUUUCUGAUCUCAUUUUCUACGGAGCGCACGGUGCGCACCGUUCCUGAGUCGACUCGCUGAGAAAUGCCCAGGCUGACUCGGAUCGGUGGCUAGGAAUCGCCGCUGCUGCUGCUGAAAAGCUGGCUGUGAUGAGAGGGAGCCCCAGUAGCCGGAGGCUUCUGCAGAGAUUCCGCCAGCUGACGAUCUCGGCCAUUGGAUCCGUGAAGAUCAAGCUGCUGCUGGCCUGCUGCAUCGCCUUCACGCUCGUCGUCAUCACUGGCCGGGCCGCUGCGUUCAUGGGAUGGCGGCAUCAUGUGACCGUUGGAUCUUCGCCUCCACGGAAAGGAUACACAAUCCUCAUAAACACAUGGAAGAGAAAUGAUCUACUGAAGAAAUCCAUCUCCCACUACACAUCCUGUCCUGGUGUUGAUGCUAUACGCAUUGUGUGGAGUGAGCCCAAUCCGCCCUCAGAUUCUCUUCGUGGGUUCUUAUGGAAAACAUUAAAAUCAAAUUCUAAAGAUGGUAAAGAGAUUGAACUGAGGUUCGACAUCAACAAGGAAGACAGUCUGAACAACAGAUUCAAGGAGAUCAAGGAUUUGAAGACGGAUGCUGUCUUCUCGAUUGACGACGAUGUUGUGUUCCCAUGCUCUUCAGUAGAGUUUGCUUUCAGUGUUUGGCAAAGUGCGCCUGCUACCAUGGUGGGAUUUGUACCACGGAUGCAUUGGGUGGAUAAAACAAAAGGCAGUGCAGAAUACUACUCUUAUGGAGGCUGGUGGUCUGUUUGGUGGAUGGGUAGAUAUAGUAUGGUGCUUUCCAAGGCAGCCUUUUUCCACAAAAAGUAUCUUGAUAUGUAUACAAACCAGAUGCCAGCUUCUAUCCGAGAUUACAUAACCAAGAACAGGAACUGUGAAGAUAUUGCAAUGGCUUUCCUUGUUGCAAAUGCUACAGACGCUCCUCCUAUAUGGGUGAAAGGUAAAAUAUUCGAGAUAGGUUCGACUGGAAUCAGUAGCUUAGGAGGUCACUCCGACCGGCGAUCCCAAUGUGUCAACUGGUUUGCAGCGGAGUUUGGGCGGAUGCCGUUGGUAUCAACUUCUGUAAAGGCCAUCGACAGCCGCCACAUUUGGUUGUGGUGAUCCCCAAUUUCCAUCUAAAGCUUUAGUGGGUGUUUUUCGUCCCCAUGAAUUCGGUCAGUCACAUUCCAUUUUAUCUUUACUUUGUAUCAUAUCAAUUCUUCAAUCCUUUCAGAAAAUUUCAUGUGAUUCACGGUUAUAGCAGUUCAGUCUCUUGCUGACACAAAUUCUCAUGUACUGUCCUCCUGUAUAACUCCACACGUCAUCUCAUCAGCUUGACACUCGUCAUGUGAAAAAAAAGCUGCUGAUUUGGAAUCUUCAAAAUCAUAAAUAAGCACGCCACAUGUCACCUUUCUUC